CCAGCACCGACUCCUCGUCCCUUCAAGUCAAGCUUCAGACGCGAAACAGUCUAGACGUGUUGGGAUAAGUAGAGAGAUAAACGCAAAGCGUCACCCAGAGAUUAGCACCAGAGUGAUUGAGAAAACAGCCACUUCACUGUGAUUAAAAAUUCUCAUAUUAAACAGCAGACCUGUGAGAUCGUGCAACACGGCCAAGAAAAACCAAUGCUGAGCAAAAUGGCGCAACCAAACAGUGCUGGAGGCGGCGGCUCGGGAGGAGGGGGAGCUGCUGCUGGUGCUGGUCCCAGUGGCCCCGGUCGUCGGCUGCCCCUGUCGCUCAGCGGCGGCUCGGCCGUUUCCCGCAUACAGGCCGGCACCAAUGGCCGCUCCAACAGCCCCCAGAAUGGUGGCAGCCAGAAAGGAAGCGCCACUGGGCCAGUGGGAGCUGUAAAGAAGCCACACAACCAAACGCGUUCAUCGUCGAGCAGCUCGGCGUCGUCGAGUGCCUCCAAGGACGAGGAGAAGAAGAGCCAAAACGGCGUCGGCAAGUCCACCAACGGCAAGGAGAAGCCGCCCCAGAAUGGCAAGGAUCAGAAGGAGCCAAAGCCUAAAGAGAAGGCCGCCGAUAAAAUCGAAAGGGAGACGGUGACAGAAAAGAAUGAAUCCGCAGAAGAAACCAAAAAGGAAGCCAUCGCUUCUGAGGUCCCCAAGCCAGAAGACAAAGACAACGUAGUCAUCAUCCUAGAUGAUGAGUCAGAGGAGCCGGAGAAGGCUCCGGAGCCCAGCACGCCCACCAAGGAGCGCAAGUCCACACGCAAGUCGGGCAGUCAACAGACCUCCCCAGCAGCCAAGCAGCCCUCCGCUUCGCCGGCUCAAAAGAAACCAGUAGAUGUGACUCCCACGUCCGUUGCGGAUCCUUCUCCGCCAGCCCAACCAGAGGACGUGGAAAUGGAGCCGCUGACAGUUGAUGCGUCUCCUGUACGUGGCGUGCGCAGCAACCUGGACGCCCAGCCGGCGGCCACCUCCACGCCGGGACGCAGCAUCUUUGGCUUCCGGAGCAGCAGCAAGCAGAGCACCGAAGUGGAACUGGCUGCCCAGGCCUCCAGUUCGCCGGUCACGGCUCCGCCACGCACUUUCGCCCAGAUCAGUGGCCGGCGCAGCAUACGAGGCCUCAACACCUUGACGCCCUCGAAGGUGGGAAGCUAUAGGUGCGUCACCAGCGACCUGGACACCUCGAACUGCACCAACGCCAGUAUGAACGCCACCGUGGGAUCGGAAAUUCCCAACAGCUCCUCAUUUUCGUUCUCCAUCUUCCGUUCCGGACGCAAGCGUGACCGCACUCCUCCGGUGCUUUCUGGAUCUCAGUCGACCAAUGAUCUGGCCCAGGACGUAGAGAUGUCGCCGCCGAAGCGAGCCCGCUUCGAUAUUUUCCAUCUGAACCUGCCGUCGCCGUUCAGUCUGCUGCGUGCGCGCUUCUCCAAGACGACCAUCAGCAAUCCGACGCGUCUGUGCCUGGACCAGGCUCCGUUCGCCGACGACGGUGGCGAGGUACAAAACGUAUCGGGCAUUGUGAUCGAGGAGGAGGCCAAGCUAAACACGUCUUCGGUCAGUUUGCCGGAAGGCGAGGAGGAGAAGGGCCAGGAAGCUGGAAAGGAUCUGUCUGUGGGCCAAGAGGUCGGCGUGGAAACGCCGAAGAAAGGUGGUUCGCCCGUGAAAGAAAUCCCCGCCGAGAAAGGUGUUGAUGGCAAUGACGAAGCAGUUCCCGUCAACGAAGAGAAUAUUCCACCGGUCGUGGAGACUGCGGAUUCGGAACCCAACCGAUCGCGCUGCUCCAUUAUGUAGAAGAAUAUCAACAAACACCCUUCCCUAGAUCAUAAGUAUUACGUAGCAUAUCUGGUUUUCCCUCCUUAAGGUAAUUUGUGUUUUGGACGUGAAAUUACAUAGUAAGGAGAUGUGACAACUUUAAAUAGCAGGACCUGGCCUUGUAUUUUUUAACAACAAAAAUUCGACCAGGUCUGAAGUUCUACCCAUCCUGACUGUGAUUUCUUGCUGGAUGGCUGCUUACCAACGAUACAGCCAUCUGCCGAUAAAUCGCUCGCAAUCUCCCUUUUUUUUACCCAAUCAAUUGGGUAUCGAACCGAACAUAAAAUAUACAUAUAUAUUAUACCAUUAGACCUUACGAUUAAUGCAAAAGUUUUUAUAAAUAAAGAUAUUUCUUGAGUCUCUUUUCAAGCACCAGAAUA